CCGCGGCCCGGCCCGGCCAAGCACCGCCUCCGCGGCGGGAUGCAGCCGCCGCCUCCCCGCGGGUGCAGGAUGGAACAUGAGGCUACCCAGCUAGAAAAGCAGCAUGUGCAUAGUGUGUAUGAAAAUACAGCUGCCUACUUUAGUGAUCUGCAGAGCAAAGCAUGGCCUCGUGUUCGAAACUUUCUGCUGGAGCAAAAGCCUGGCAGUCUCAUUGCUGACAUAGGUUGUGGAACUGGAAAAUAUCUCAGUGUCAACAGUCAGGUGUAUAAUCUCGGCUGUGAUUACUGUGCACCAUUGGUAGAGAUUGCAAGGAAGAAAGAUGAUGAAGUUCUGGUAUGUGACAACCUUAACCUUCCCUUCAGGGACCAGUGCUUCAAUGCAGUCAUUUCCAUUGGAGUGAUCCAUCAUUUUUCAACUAAACAAAGAAGAAUCAAAGCAAUAAAGGAAAUGGCGAGGGUACUGAUUCCCGGAGGCCAGAUGAUGAUUUAUGUUUGGGCUAUGGAACAAAAGAAUCGUCGCUUUGAGAAACAAGAUGUAUUUGUUCCUUGGAACAAGGCCUUGUGCUCACAGCAUUUUUCAGAAUCAAAUCAAUCUGGAGAUAAGGGUGAGUUUGUGCAUGCUGGUAAAAGCCAAGACAUACACCCUGCACAGCUCGUCAUCUCUGAUUGCAGCUACCAAACCAAUCUGCAGCCAGAAACUGAUUCAAAACAUUCCCACAAUACAGACCAUUGCUUUUCCAGAGCCUGCUGCAUGAAAAUUUCUGAAGAAGAAAACAGGUUUUACAGUGCUCUAGGAAGAUCUCUCCGCUCCUGGUUUUUCUCCAGAUCCCUUGAUGAAUCAGCCCUUAGAAAGCAAACUGACAAAAUGAAGCCUCUGAAGAACGAAGGAGAAUGGGCGAACAGUACCGUACCCAUCCAGCAUUCGCGACACUGCAGUUUGGAUUUAGGUCACCAUAGGGCGCUGUUAAAAGAACAAAGUUUAGACGACGAUGAUGUGUUCGUGGAAAGCCUGCCUCUCAAAAAACCGGAGUGGUCACCAGCCACAGAUGCACUGAAGGAUUUAAGUUUAAAUGGAGGACACCAGAGUGUAGCUCAGAGCAAGAGCGAAGAAGCUUCAUUUAUAAAUGGCCCAGUGGAAGACAGGGACCACAGCUGCAGCUGUAAUACAGAUGGUGCUGGUAAGUCUAAUGCCAGCAAGUUUUUCAAAAGAACUUCAACAACUGACUCCACUGACUCUGCAUUGGAUUCAGCAGUGUCUGUUGGGGACCAAACUGAUGCCAUGUUGGAUACAAAAGCCUUCAUGCGUUAUUAUCAUGUUUUUCGGGAAGGGGAACUGUGGUCUCUGGUAGAAGAGAAUGUGCCUGAGCUUCAGAUACUUUCUUCCUGCUAUGACCAUGGAAACUGGUGUGUUAUUGCAGAGAAAAGAGGAACAUAGCUGUAAAAAGAACAAAGCAGAAUGCAGUGACUGAGGAUUUUAAGCCGCUCCGUGUGUUCCAGUGAUUGUGCAGUGUGACAUGGAAUUUGUAUCUCAUGUAGCAGUGUACCAUUCAUUCCUGAGUUAUUAUCUCUCUGCCUAUUUAACUAUCUAAUGCAAGGUCUGUAUAUAGGAAUGUAAGUGGUAAACAAUAUUUAUGUUUUGUUAAACUUUUAUGAAAUCAGAACUGGAGAGUUUUUUAUUGCUUUUAGCAAAUAACUGUGUUUUUAAAUAUACUUUUCUAUUGAAAAAUAAAACCUUUUUAUAAGAGCAAGGAUCAGGGCAUCUUUUAUGAGAAACAUCCUCUCAGUAGAAAGUUUAGGCUUUGUUCUUCAAACGCUGACAAUGUGACACAUUACUCCCUGAAGUCCUAUAAAUAGAGACAUAGGCACAUUUAAAGACGUACUUGACUGCAUACUGCUAGAGUGCAUGCUGCAGAACUGGGAGCAGGCAUGGUCCCAGUGCUACUUAGUUUGGAGUAGAGUUGUUAAUGAGUAAAAUCUAUGUACAAAAGAAGCUCUGCAUAUUCUGUCAUUUGAGGCUUGUAUUUAGGAGUGAAGGACAGAGCAGAUUUUUAACAGUAUUUUUGAAAAGGAUUUAAUAUGUGUCUCAGGUGCAGGUCAAGUUUUAUAUGUUAGCUUUCGCAAAUACUUUAUCUUCAUUUCCUUUGUGGUAGUUUUUAAUUAACUGUGUAUAUAGAAGUCAGAGGGAUUCAUGAGAGUAUCAGUAUUAUUUAAAUGUUACAAAAUAUCAAAUAUUUGAGGCACUUACAUCUUUUUGAUAAGCCUGGAAAGCUAAGAUAAAACUAAUAAAAUUCCAGUGCAUAUCUGGUCAGCUGUCAUAUUUGCUCUCCUCAUUCGCUGACAUGAGAAUAUAUAUUAAAUAUUGUAGAUAGGAAAAGGAUACAAGUCCAGUUUGUAUAUAAAAUACAAAUUCCUGUCUUCUGCAGUUUAAAGGGUAUGACAGGUUUAAAGGGUACGACAUCAUAGGAGUAACUGAAACAUGGUGGGACAACUCAAAUGACCGGGGGCGGUUACAGGCUCUCCCGUAAGGACAGGCAGGGUAGAAGAGGUGGAGGAGUCGCACUCCACAUUAAGGAAAACCUUGAAUGUAUCAAAGUCAACUAUGGUGAUUGCGACUGGUCUAUCGAAUGCCUCUGGGUUAAAGUCAAAGGGGUCAUCUCCAAGCAGGACCCCACAGUGGGCAUCUGCUACUGACCUCCUAACCAUAAUGACAAUGCUGACGAAGUGAUUCUUGGGACACUAAAGCAAGCUUCUGGCCAACAGAACCUGGUCCUGAUGGGUGACUUCAACUACCCAGACAUCUGCUGGAAGGACAAUACGGCAGCUCGCAUGUCAUCCACCAAGUUCCUGGAACGCAUACAGGACUGUUUCCUGAUACAAAUGUUAGAUGUGCCAACCAGGAAUGAGGCGCUGCUGGACUUGCUGUUCACAGACUGAGAAAGCCGGCUUUGUAAUAUCUCGGUUAGUGACAGCCUUGGCUGCAGUGACCACAACAAUUUGGAGUUCGGGAUCCUGCUGAGUGUGCUGAAGGUCACCUCUAAGACAAGGGUUCUGGAUUUUAGAAGAGCAAACUUCAGUGCACUCAGGGCUCAGUUAGGAGGGAUUCAAUGGGAAGCUUCCACGGAAGACAAAGGAGCUAGUGAGUGCUGGGAGUUCUUCAAGAACUCUCUAUUGGAAACACAAAACCAGUUUAUCCCCUAUAAAGGAAAAGGAAGUAAGCGGAGCAAGAGACACCCUUGGCUCAACCAUGACCUCCUGGGUCUACUCAAAUACAAAAGGGAAACAUACCAGAGAUGGAGAAGUGGAGGAUUAUCUGUCGAGAGCUACAAGGGCAUUGCCAGAGCGUGCAGAGGUGCAGUUAGAAAAGCAAAAGCCCCACUCGAAUUAAAACUGGCUGUAGAUGUGAAAAAUAACAAGAAAGGGUUCUUCAGUUAUAUCAACCAUAAGCAGAAAAAGAAGGAAAACAUAGGCCCACUGUUAAACAGAAAAGGAGAGUCAGUCACCAACAAUGCAGAAAAGGCAGAGGUCCUCAACACUUUCUUAACCUCUGUCUUUACCAGCACUGUCGGUUCCCAGGCUUUGGGAACGAAAUUGCCGGUUGAUCCAAACACCGACGACCCAUCAGUGAAGGAAGAGUUAGUAUAUGAAUUACUACAGGAGCUUGACCCCUACAAAUCAAUGGGCCCUGACGCCGUCCACCCGAGGGUGUUGAGAAAGCUGGCUGACAUCAUCACAAGGCCACUUUCCAUAAUCUUUGAGAAGUCGUGGAGAACGGGGGAUGUCCCAGAGGACUGGAGUAAGGCAAAUGUUACCCCUAUCUACAAGAAGAGCUCAAGGGAGGAUCCGGGUAACUAUAGGCCCGUCAGCCUUACUUCAAUCCCUGGGAAAGUUAUGGAACGAAUCCUCCUGGGGGCCGUCACAAGUCAAUUGAAGCACGUGAUUGGGAAAAGCCAACAUGGCUUCACUAAAGGCAGAUCGUGCUUGACUGACCUGGUGGCCUUCUAUGACAAAGUGACUUGCCUGGUUGACAUGGGGCAGGCAGUGGACAUUGUCUACCUGGACUUCUCCAAGGCCUUUGAUACUGUCCCCCAUAGUCUCCUCCUGGAGAAAUUAAUGCGUUAUGGCCUAGACAAGUGGUCUGUGCAGUGGGUGGGGAACUGGCUGACAGGCCGCACCCAAAGGGUGGUGGUAAACAGCUCUUCUUCAAACUGGCAACCUGUCACAAGUGGAGUCCCCCAGGGAUCGAUAUUGGGCCCAAUGUUAUUCAGCAUCUUUAUAAGUGAUCUGGAUACCGGCAUCAAGUGUAGCCUGAUGAAGUUUGCUGAUGACACCAAGUUGAGUGGGGAAGUAGACACUCCAGAAGGGAGAGCUGGUUUUAGUCAGUGGUUUUAGUGUAGGGCACAUCUUCAGCUGGUGUGAUGUCGUGACCUUUAAUGGAGCUGCACAGAUUCACCCCAGAGAUCAACCUUUUUGAUACUGCAGUUUUAGAGACCCACGUAAUUAACGUGUCUGCCCUAUAAGUGAGCAAAUAACUUUGAGUACAAAGCACAGGAGCAAAAUACCAAACUCUUCCGGUCUAUGCUGCAUAAGUAGAUGGAUUUUGGGUUGUUCAGUAGACAGCCCUGAUGGUGCUGAGUAUUUUUAGAUGUAGCUGCCCAGGAGUAAUGGCCAUAUAGCAAUGUAUUAUAGAUUUAUUUACUGGAGCGGUGCCUGUAGAACAAUCAUCUUUGUCUUCAUCAUAAUUUGGGAUCCUUCUACUUUAUCCUUCCUGGGUCUGUAUCACUUGCACUCUUUUGAAAAGAAAAGUGUGGUCAAGAACCACAUGCCUGAGACUUUGGAAAUAUUAUUCCACUCUAAAUAUUACUUUCAAUACAGUCUGGGGCUGCGGUUCUCAGACACUGUGUCCAAGCCACACUUCAGAAAACUGGCAACAUUCCCUGCAUUGCUGGGACCAGCUGCUCAUGGCUGAGGGGCUGCUCUUGCUGCAUCCUCACGCUCCAGUUUUAGAUUGCAGCGACAGCAUGGAUCAUGCUGAGCUCCAUACCUCAUCUGCAGCAUGCUCGUGUUGGACUGAUGAGGCCUGCCUCAUUUGUUGGAAUUUCUGGAGGAGCUUGAGGAUCUUAGAAAACUCAGUUGUUCCCAGAUAAGAUAUGCCAGUGGGUAUUCAGCACCCCUGGAAUCUGAGCUGUAUUUAGGAAGGAGGUAGUUGAUUAUCAUCCUAUAUCCAGUUUUGAAAGUUCAUCCCUAAACUCCAGCAUGCAGAAACCCUAUUACACAUAUAUGAAACUAUUUAUAAAAAUUUAUGAACCUAAACUGACAGCUGGGUUUAGUUAACUGGGAGAAGGAACAUUAUAAUUUUGUUCUCUGUACUUCUGCAGUUUAUCUGUGGAGUAUUCAGUGUGUAGUCAAGCAGGCUGAUGAAAUCUGGGGUAAACUAAGACAGGAAAGGCUUCCAUUCUCUUUACAGCAGAGACUUACUGUCCUUGCAAGAGGCUGAAUCUGUGUUUCAGACUCCAGUGAAAACUUCCUGCUCUAUCAGCUGUAUGAAUAAGACCUGUCACCUCAGAGCCACUGAGGUACUUUAAACAGCUCAUGUAUUUGUAGGAUUUCCAUGCAUUGUUUGAUUUGAGAUUCUUGACUGAGGAUGCUUUUCAUUAUUAUUUAUUUCUGUAUUGGAUUUCCUCUUGUUUUGAGCUGAUGCCGUUAAGUUGCGUUACAUACAAGUUGGGAUUGUAUAGUUAUAAAUUCCUGGGAGAAGGAGAGGGGAGGUUUGGCAAACUGCUUUCUUUUCAAAUAUUCAGUUUUCCUCUGAGGAUGUAUAAUCACCAUGUAACAUAAUUUUUAUAGGCUGGGGAUCCGUCAGCUGGCUUCAUCAAUCUGAGGUUUGCACAGCAAGCCUUUAUUCCCAUGUGCAGUCUCCCAUCUAUUUAUGGAGGCUGCCUAGGUCUGUAAGAGCUUUAUCAUCUCAUAAAAAGCCAAAUUACCUCACUCAGAGCAUUGUGAAUGUCUGUUUUGAUUGGUUUGUCUUUUGAUGAGGCCCAUCUUAAGCAAAAUGUAAUUUACAGAGGAAUCCAUAUGAUCCCAGUCCAGCUUACAAACAUAGUUAAUAUGCUCAGAGAAGUGUGUAUACCAUUGAAAAGUCUAGAGUAAAUGAAUGAAUAAGUAAAUAAACUCCAGUUGUCCUUGCAUGCUAAAACUCUCAGCAAUGUCCGGAUUGCAAGAUCUGACUGUUGUAAGGUAAAAGGCAGAUGUGUUCUUAUAUUUCUUGACUGACGAGUGGGCAAUAUUCUCACCCCUGUUAUGCCAAUAACAAACCUGCUUCAGACUGCAGUGGGCUAGGAUUGCUCCUAAGCUGCUCAUCUAGCUUUAAGUGGCACACGUAGAAGUCUUGGUUACAUGAGAAAAGAUGCCCUGGUUUUUCACAAUUUAAUUUACUAGUAUCAUUCAGUCUGAACUGGCUAACCAAAAGCUGCUACCUUAUUAACUCCUACAGACUGUAAGCCAAAUGGACAAUUGCAAUAAAAAAAAGAUACAAUUGAACAGACUUAUUUUUGAAGGACUAAUACAAUUACAAUCUUUGAUAAAUGAUAUUUUGUCCUUUUUUAUUACAUGAAAAUAUUUAUAUUAGAAGUGCAGAAGUAUAAUUUUUUUGGUACUAAUGGUGACUAAUUUACUUUCUUCCAAGCUUAUGGUGAAGGAAUUUUAAAAGCACAGGUGAGGAAUGAAAGCUAUAGAUAUUUUAGCAGACUUUUUUCUGGUACAUAUUUAUAUACAUGUUACUUAUGUGCACAGUUUAAAUUGCUGAGUGAAGAGCUGUGUAUGUUCCACCAGCAGAAUACUGUUAGUGAACCACCUGGGUAGAUUCUGAAUAGAAAUAAUGGCUCUGAUCCUGUGUCCUCUCCGCCGUGUCAUGUCUCCAUCAGACUGUAUUCCUAUCACUGUUGGGCUGCAUUAGUAUUGACAUUGUGUUCAAUCUAUUGGUCUACCCACUUUCCUGCUCAGCACUUUUACAGGAUUUGUGUCUACUUUAGUACUCGAAGAAAAUGAAAUGUGUCAGUGUUAAAUAUAUAUAAUUGUAUAUCUCUCUUGUGAGUUCAGCAUUUCUUAUUCUUACAGUAUAAGAAUUCUGGCAGCUACCCAUGAUUUUUUCUCCCCUGCUGCUGGUCAAAACCAUGCUUAGUUACUGCUCUGUAAUCAAUUAUUUGUUCAUAUAUGGAACCUAUUCGCUAGUAUUUGACAAAAUAAAUCCUACUUGGUUAAAAUA